AUGACAACGGCGUUUUAUAAACAACAUAAUCUCGAGUUGAAAAACAAGUGGCAGUGCGAAUCCUGUGAGAACAUCACCUCCCGGCGGCGGCGGGACGGGCGCGAUGACACCCCGGUGCGACGCCAGUUCCAGCCGCCCGCCGCGGAUAUGUCCUGCGAAGACAUGGAGCAGUCUAUCACAGAAACUGUUGUGACGGAGUGUCAGCCCGCCGACCUAAGUCUCGUGAAGAUGAGUCAUAUCAUUGAUAAGCACCUGGAAUCUAAACUCGAGCAAAUCCAACACAACAUAUCCAAGGAAGUAGUAGACAAGCUCAUGUCAAUGUUUACAGCCCUCCAGGUGGAUUUCACUAAAACAACCGACUUCCUCAGCGCCCAGUUGACUGAUCUCCAGAAGGAAGUCUCGGAGAUAAAGCAGAGAACGAGUGCAAUUGAAGCAGAAAAUGCGCAACUACGACUGCAAAUAAAUAAGCCUUCAGUGGCCGAUUCCGAUGAUCUGCGCGAGAUAAUUACUAAUCUGAAAACAGAUCUAAAUGAUCGCGAUCAAGCUCAAUUAAUUAAUGACAUUGAACUGGUCGGCAUCCCCGAGUUUGAAGGUGAGUCGUGCGGACACAUCGCCCUGGCCGUGUCCACCAAGCUGGGUGUAUCACUGGAGGAGCGUGACCUGGUGACCGCAACCCGCGUCGGAGGCCGCCGCGCGGGCCGCGCUGGCGAGGAGGACAGCAGCCCCCACCCACGCCCGCGCCCUAUCGUCGUGAGGCUGGCUCGACGAUCUCUGCGGGACAACCUGAUCAAGAGUGCCCGUGUCCGUCGCGGCGCCUCCACAGCUGAUCUUGGCUUACCGCUUCACGAACCUAAGCCAUUAUACAUAAACGAGAGACUUACUAAACUGAAUCGCACUCUGUUCGCGAAGGCCCGUGAGCAGGCCCGGCAGCAGCGCUGGCGUUUCGUAUGGACUGCUGAGGGACGGGUCAAGGUCAGACGAGAUGAGACAUCUACGGUUCAUCAUAUUCGUGCUGAGAGCGACAUACUGCGUGUUUUUGGUUCUGCAAGCAUUAGCUCUUAG